AGCCCUAAGCCCUCUCCAUCAUCUCCGACGUCAGAUUCUUCAUGACCCUUCCCAUACUCUUUUGAUCCAUCAAUCAUGUAUUUAGCCAGAGCUGCUUCUUCUUCUUCCUCUCGCUCUCUUCUCUUCUCCUUCCGAUCUUCCCUCAGAUCUCCUCCUGUCUCUUCUCAUCUUCUUCGCCGCUCUUUCGUCACCUCCUUACCUCGUUUGAGCCACUCGAAACCUUUUCCACUUCGCAUCGGUUCUCAGAUCAGAGCCGUUUCUCCUGUCUUAGACCGUCUCCAGAGAACUUUCUCUUCCAUGGCUUCAGAGCAUCCGUUCAAAGGGAUCUUCACUACUCUUCCUAAGCCUGGUGGUGGCGAAUUCGGAAAAUUCUACAGCUUACCUGCUCUCAAUGAUCCUCGCAUUGAUAAGCUUCCUUACUCUAUUAGAAUUCUUCUUGAAUCUGCGAUUCGUAACUGUGAUAACUUCCAAGUUACUAAGGAAGAUGUUGAGAAGAUUAUUGAUUGGGAAAACACUGCUCCUAAACUAGUCGAGAUUCCUUUUAAACCUGCUCGUGUUCUUCUGCAGGACUUUACUGGGGUACCAGCUGUUGUUGAUCUUGCUUGUAUGCGUGAUGCUAUGAAUAAACUGGGGAGUGAUUCCAACAAGAUUAAUCCGUUGGUUCCGGUGGAUCUUGUAAUUGAUCACUCAGUUCAAGUUGAUGUUGCAAGAUCUGAGAAUGCAGUUCAAGCCAACAUGGAGCUUGAAUUCCAGAGGAAUAAGGAGAGGUUCGCUUUCCUUAAGUGGGGUUCUACUGCUUUUCAAAACAUGCUUGUUGUGCCCCCUGGUUCUGGUAUUGUGCAUCAGGUUAAUUUGGAAUAUCUGGGAAGAGUUGUGUUCAAUACCAAAGGUCUUCUCUACCCAGACAGUGUGGUUGGAACUGACUCACAUACAACUAUGAUUGAUGGUCUGGGAGUUGCUGGAUGGGGAGUUGGAGGCAUUGAAGCUGAGGCGACAAUGCUUGGCCAGCCCAUGAGUAUGGUAUUGCCUGGUGUUGUUGGAUUCAGUCUGUCGGGAAAAUUACGUAAUGGUGUUACUGCUACUGAUUUGGUUUUAACUGUGACCCAAAUACUGAGGAAACAUGGUGUUGUUGGCAAGUUUGUUGAGUUUUAUGGUGAUGGUAUGAGUGAACUGUCCCUGGCUGACAGGGCCACAAUUGCCAAUAUGUCUCCCGAGUAUGGUGCAACCAUGGGGUUCUUUCCUGUCGAUCAUGUUACUCUACAGUAUCUUAAAUUGACUGGAAGAAGCGAUGAGACGGUUGCCAUGAUUGAAGCAUAUCUUCGGGCAAAUAACAUGUUUGUUGACUACAGUGAGCCUCAGCAAGAGCGUGUUUACUCAUCUUAUCUGGAAUUAAAUCUGGAUAGUGUUGAACCUUGCAUUUCCGGACCUAAGAGGCCACAUGAUCGUGUUCCUCUAAAAGAAAUGAAAGCUGACUGGCACUCAUGUUUAGACAGUAAAGUUGGGUUCAAGGGUUUCGCUAUACCUAAGGAGGCGCAAGAGAAGGUAGUUAAGUUUUCUUUCAAUGGACAACCUGCUGAGCUUAAACAUGGCAGUGUGGUGAUUGCUGCGAUCACAAGUUGCACUAAUACAUCAAACCCCAGUGUCAUGCUUGGUGCUGCUCUUGUUGCCAAAAAGGCCUGUGACCUUGGCCUACAGGUAAAGCCUUGGACAAAAACAAGUCUUGCACCAGGUUCAGGAGUUGUUACAAAAUACUUACUAAAGAGCGGCCUGCAAAAAUAUCUGAACCAGCAGGGUUUCAAUAUUGUUGGUUAUGGCUGCACUACAUGCAUUGGCAACUCUGGAGAGAUCGAUGAAUCAGUGGGAGCUGCCAUUACAGAAAAUGACAUCGUGGCAGCUGCUGUGCUUUCUGGGAACAGAAACUUUGAGGGCCGUGUUCAUCCAUUAACAAGAGCCAACUACCUUGCAUCUCCACCUUUGGUGGUUGCCUAUGCUCUUGCUGGAACGGUUAACAUUGACUUUGAGACAGAGCCCAUUGGCAAGGACAAGAAUGGUAAGGAUGUCUUCCUCAGGGAUAUCUGGCCCACCACAGAAGAAAUUGCUCAGGUUGUUCAGUCCAGUGUGUUACCUGACAUGUUCCGAGCUACUUAUGAAUCCAUCACCAAGGGAAACCCGAUGUGGAAUCAGCUGUCUGUUCCUGAAAACACUCUGUACUCAUGGGAUCCUAAGUCAACUUACGUACACGAGCCUCCAUACUUCAAGGACAUGACCAUGGAUCCUCCUGGGCCGAGCAGUGUGAAGGAUGCGUACUGUUUACUGAACUUAGGCGACAGUAUCACCACAGACCACAUAUCUCCAGCUGGAAGCAUCCACAAGGACAGUCCCGCUGCAAAGUAUCUCCUCGAACGGGGGGUUGACCGCAAAGAUUUCAACUCAUAUGGAAGUCGACGUGGAAACGAUGAAGUUAUGGCUAGGGGAACAUUUGCAAAUAUCAGACUUGUUAACAAGCUGUUGAAUGGAGAAGUUGGCCCUAAGACGGUUCACAUUCCUACUGGAGAGAAGCUAUCUGUCUUCGAUGCAGCCAUGAGAUACAAAGCAGCUGGUGAGGCCACCAUUAUUCUGGCUGGAGCUGAGUAUGGUAGUGGUAGCUCCCGUGAUUGGGCUGCCAAGGGACCCAUGUUACAGGGCGUUAAAGCAGUGAUCUCAAAGAGUUUUGAAAGGAUUCACCGGAGUAACUUGGUGGGAAUGGGAAUCAUCCCACUGUGUUUUAAGUCUGGUGAGGAUGCAGACACCCUUGGAUUGACAGGUAAGGAGCGUUACACCAUCCAUCUCCCAACCGAUAUCUCGGAGAUAAGACCUGGGCAAGAUGUUACUGUCACUACAGACACUGGAAAAUCUUUCACCUGCACAGUCCGCUUUGACACUGAGGUGGAACUGGCUUACUUCAACCACGGAGGCAUACUUCCAUAUGUGAUCAGAAACUUGAGCAAGCAAUGAAGAUUCAGGUGGUGAUAGUCCUUUGUAAUUCCUUCCACAGCAGCACCGACAUUUGUGCGGUUGCGAAUAGAGAAAUAAGAUUGUCCUUUCUUU